UCUCUCUCUCUCUCUCUCUCUCUCUCUCUCUCUCUGCCCUUUCAACUCCAAUCCCCUCCCCUUGCCCAAACCCAGUGAAGAGAAGGGAAGACCAAUGAUAGCCUAGCCCUUUGUGUCAACUCCCAUCUUCGUCCGCCACCCAUCGAGCGACCUCCUCAAAAUCCCAUCUUCCCUUGUUUUCUUGACUAAAAAUCCCACCUUUCCUUCUGCCAUGGAUCCCAAGGGCUCCUCCAAGCUGCCCCAAGAGGUGCCCAAGUUCCAUCAGGCCCUGGGCCUCCCCCAGUCUGACAAGAGGGAGUCCACCACCACCACAGCCUCCACAGGCUCGGAGGCCAGAGACCUCGGCAGAGCUCCCGAGAGAGAACUCCAGAUAGUGACCGCCGCCGAGAAGGAGGAGCAAAGGCGGCAGCUUGCCCCCAAGCGCAGCUCCAACAAGGACCGCCACACCAAGGUCGACGGCCGCGGCCGCAGGAUCCGGAUGCCCGCCCUCUGCGCCGCCCGCAUCUUCCAGCUCACCCGCGAGCUCGGCCACAAGUCCGACGGCGAGACCAUCCAGUGGCUCCUCCAGCAGGCCGAGCCCGCCAUCAUCGCGGCCACCGGAACCGGCACCAUCCCCGCCUCCGCCCUCGCCGCCGCCGCCGCCGCCCCCAUGUCCCACCCCACCGCCGCCUCCCCCACCGGCCUCCACCAGAAGCUCGACGACCUCGGCCAGGGCGCCGCCGCCAGCCCCCGGCCUAAUUGGGCCAUGCUCGGGCCCAACAUCGCCCGCUCCCACCCGGGCCUCUGGCCGCCGCCCGUCGGUGGGUUCAAUUCCGGCUUCGCCCCCUCCACCUCGAAUCUUGGUAGCGGCGGGGACGCAUCGGCCGGGAGCUUCAUGCAGAGGAUGGGCCUGCACGGGCUGGAGCUGCCUGGAGGGAACCUUGGAGCGAUGAGCUUCGCGUCGAUGCUUGGCGGGCACGGGCAGCAGCUGCCGGGGCUGGAGCUUGGGCUGUCGCAGGACGGGCACAUUGGGGUGCUCAGCCAGCAGGCCUUGAGUCAGUUCUAUCAGCAGAUGGGGCAGGGGAGGGGAGUGAGUGGGGCUGCAAGCGGUCAAUUGCAGCAGAACCACCACCAGCAGCAGCAGGCUCGGUCGGCGGAGAAUGAUUCGCCAGGGUCAGGGCAGUAGAUGGAUACAUGGGUUGUUGAAGAGUUCUAGAGGAGAAUUUGGACAAUUAAGAGAGAGAAAUUGACAAGCUUUAGCGGAAGAGAGUAGCAAAAUUUGAUCUUGUUUUCUUUUUUCGGUUGGUUGAUUGGUUUUCUUCUGUGUGUGACUUCGACAGCAAUUCAGAGAAAGUGAGAUGAGAGGAUCCAGUCAUUGAUGGCAUUGUGUAUUGAGUUAUUGGGUCUGCCUGCUUCUUCUUUCUCCGCACGAUUUCACCCGAGUCUCCAAAUUCGGGUGUAUAUUAACAGAGCUGAAUAGAUCGGAUGGAACUGAAUAUCUUGUUUAUCUCGAGGUGUGUAGAUAAGAGUUCUAGCCAUUUUCAGUAAUUUUUGCUGUUAGGUAUUGAUGGAGUUGUGAUUGGCUUGUUUUGUGACAAAUAAAUAUUGGCAUUUCAUAUAUUCAUUUGUGAGAUUCUCUGCUUGAUAUGAAGAGAGUACUUCUUUUCUUUGGA